UCCAAAAGGUAGCAUCUCCGCCGCGGAGCGGGAGGAGGCCCGGUCUGCGGCUGCGCAGUCAGCGCUCGGGCCGUUCCGGGAAGGAGUAGGGAGGACGUGGCUUUGGCUCUGACCAAGGGGAGGAGCCUCUGCCGAGCCCACAGAAAUUGACUGGAAAAUCAUCUGGUGCAGAAGAGUAUGGAGAAUCCAGAGAGGGCCCAUCUUCCAUCCUCCUGAAGAGCCAGCCCCACCAGGGCUUAUGGGUGAGAGUUAAAUCCAGUCUGUGCUCGGAUGAUAAGGGCCUGUGUUCACAACCAAUGGCCAACGCCAGAGUCGUGAGGUGGCAGAAGGUGCUGUAUGAGCGGCAGCCUUUCCCUGAUAACUACGUGGACCGGCGGUUCCUGGAAGAGCUGCGCAAAAACAUCUCCACCCGCAAAUACCAGUAUUGGUCUGUGGUCUUUGAGUCCGGGGUGGUGAUCCAGCAGCUGUGCAGUGUCUGUGUCUUUGUGGUCAUCUGGUGGUAUAUGGAUGAGGGUCUUUUAGCGCCCCAGUGGCUCUUUGGAACCGGCUUGGCUUCCUCCUUGAUUGGUUACGUGUUGUUUGACCUCAUUGAUGGCGGCGCUGGGCGGAAGAAGAGUGGGCGCACGAGGUGGGCCGACCUGAAGAGUGCCCUGCUCUUUAUUACAUUCACCUAUGGCUUCUCCCCAGUGUUGAAGACGCUGACGGAAUCCGUCAGCACUGACACCAUCUAUGCUAUGUCCGUUUUCAUGCUCUUGGGGCAUCUUAUCUUCUUUGACUAUGGGGCCAAUGCUGCGAUUGUAUCUAGCACCCUCUCCCUCAACAUGGCCAUCUUUGCCUCUGUCUGCCUGGCCUCCCGCCUGCCUCGAUCCCUCCAUGCCUUCAUUAUGGUGACAUUCGCCAUCCAGAUCUUUGCCCUGUGGCCGAUGCUACAGAAGAAACUGAAGGCCUGCACCCCAUGCAGCUAUGUGGGGGUCACGCUGCUCUUUGCUUUCUCUGCCCUGGCAGGGCUGUUGACCAUUAGUGGUGUAGGGGCUAUACUCUUUGCCCUGCUACUAGUUUCCAUUUCUUGUCUCUGUCCUUAUUAUCUCAUCCGCUUGCAGCUUUUCAAAGAAAACAUUCAUGGACCUUGGGAUGAAGCUGAAAUCAAGGAAGACCUGUCGAGGUUCCUCACCUAGCUUGGGGCGGGUGGAGAGUUCCCACAUUCUGGUACUAAAGACUGAAAGACCAGAUCCCACCCCUCAAAAAAAAAAAAAAGCAGCCAUAAGAGGAAGAAGGUUUCUCAAAAGCAUCAGGUAGGGGAGAUGUCUGAAAGAACAGCAUUAGAAGAAUGAAGUAAUGUUGGUUGCUGAUGAUUUACACUUCUCCAUCUUGCAGAGUGGACUGUAAUCUUCAGAGGUCUGGCAAUGAUACUGACACUGGAUUUGAGAUUUGUUGUGGCCAAUGGCGUGGUGUAGUCUUGUAUUAAAAACUGAA